CAGACCCGCCUCCCAGCCCUGGCUCCAGCCUCCUCCUCCUCCUCCUCCCCACCCUCAGCGAAAGCAUCGGAAGCUCCACAGUUGAGAGGAGUCCAUUUCUGAUAGAAGCCCGGCUCUCUUCAGGGAACAAUGACCCAGAAGACCACCCUGGUGCUCCUUGCUCUGGCUGUCAUUACCAUCUUUGCCUUGGUUUGUGUCCUGCUAGCUGGCAGGAGCGGAGACGGGGCAGGACAGAGCCAACCUCCUCAUUGCCCCUCCGUUCCUCCUAGUGCCCAGCCCAGGACACACCCUAACCAGAGCCAGCUAUUUGCAGACCUGAACCCCGAGGAGCUGACAGCUGUGAUGAGCUUUUUGACCAAGCGCCUGGGGCCAGGGCUGGUGGAUGCAGCCAAGGCUCGGCCCUCGGACAACUGUGUCUUCUCGGUGGAGCUGCAGCUGCCUGCCAAGGCCGCAGCCCUGGCCCACCUGGACAGAGGGGGACCCCCACCUGCCCGGGAGGCCCUGGCCAUCAUCUUCUUUGGUGCACAACCCCAGCCCAACGUGAGUGAGCUGGUGGUGGGGCCCCUGCCUCACCCCUCCUACAUGCGGGAUGUGACUGUGGAGCGCCGUGGUGGCCCCCUGCCCUAUUACCGGCGUCCUGUGCUGACCAGAGAGUAUCUGGAUAUCGACCAGAUGAUCUUCCACAGAGAGCUGCCCCAGGCUGCUGGGCUCCUCCACCACUGCUGCUUCUACAAACACCAGGGGCACAACUUGUUAGCCAUGACGACAGCCCCCCGUGGCUUGCAAUCGGGGGACCGGGCUACCUGGUUUGGUUUGUAUUACAACCUCUCGGGGGCUGGGUUUUAUUUACACCCCAUUGGCCUGGAGCUGCUGAUAGACCACAAGGCCCUGGAUCCUGCCCUGUGGACCAUCCAGAAGGUGUUCUAUCAAGGCCGCUACUAUGAGAGUCUGGCUCAGCUGGAGGACCAGUUUGAGGCUGGCCUGGUGAAUGUGGUGCUGGUCCCAGACAAUGGUACAGGUGGGUCGUGGUCCCUAAGAUCCUCAGUGCCACCAGGUCCAGCUCCUCCUCUGCAGUUUCAUCCCCAGGGACCCCGCUUCAGUGUCCAGGGGAGUCGAGUGACCUCCUCACUGUGGACUUUCUCUUUUGGCCUUGGUGCUUUCACCGGCCCAAGGAUUUUUGAUAUCCGCUUUCGAGGGGAGAGGGUAGCCUAUGAGAUCAGUGUCCAGGAGGCCAUAGCCCUAUAUGGUGGCAAUUCCCCAGCAGCCAUGACGACCUGCUACAUGGAUGGUAACUUCGGCAUUGGCAAAUACUCUACCACUCUGACCCGAGGGGUGGACUGCCCUUACCUUGCCACCUAUGCGGACUGGCAUUUCCUUCAGGAAUCUCAGACCCCCAAGACGCUACGUGAUGCAUUCUGUGUGUUUGAACAGAACCAGGGCCUCCCGCUACGGCGACACCAUUCGGAUUUCUACUCCUACUAUUUUGGGGGCGUCGUGGAGACGGUGCUUGUGGUCAGAUCCGUGUCUACCUUGCUCAACUAUGACUAUGUGUGGGACAUGGUGUUCCACCCCAACGGGGCCAUAGAAGUCAAAUUCCACGCCACGGGCUACAUCAGCUCGGCCUUCUUCUUCGGCGCUGGUGAGAGGUUCGGGAACCGAGUUGGGGAGCACACGCUGGGCACCGUGCACAUUCACAGCGGUCACUUCAAAGUGGACCUGGAUGUGGCAGGGCUGAAGAACUGGGCCUGGGCAGAGGACAUGGCUUUUGUCCCCGGGAAUGUACCUUGGCAUCCUAAGUACCAGAUCCAGAGGCUGCAGGUGACUCGGAAGCUGCUGGAGACAGAGGAGGAAGCUGCCUUCCCCCUGGGGGGUGCCAGCCCCCGCUACCUGUACCUGGCCAGUAACCACAGCAACAAGUGGGGUCACCGGCGAGGCUACCGAAUCCAGAUACUCAGCUUCCCUGGAGAGCCACUGCCCCCAGAGAGCCCCAUAGAGAAAGCCUUCAGCUGGGGGAGGUACCGCUUGGCCGUGACCCAGAGGAAGGAGGAGGAGCCUAGCAGCUCCAGCAUCUUCAACCAGAAUGACCCGUGGACGCCCACCGUGGAUUUCACUGACUUCAUCAACAAUGAGACCAUUGCCGGAGAGGACUUGGUAGCCUGGGUGACGGCUGGGUUUUUGCACAUCCCACAUUCGGAAGACAUCCCCAACACAGUGACUGUGGGGAACGCCGUGGGCUUCUUCCUCCGACCCUACAACUUCUUUGAUGAGGACCCCUCCUUCUACUCCGCUGACUCUGUUUAUUUCCGGGAGGGCCAGGAUGUCGGGGCCUGUGAGGUCAACCCCCUGGCUUGCCUGUCCGAGACUGCCACCUGUGCGCCCAACCUCCCUGCCUUCUCCCAUGGGGGCUUUACUCACAAUUAAAUGUCCCUGGAUGGACAGUUUAGCCAGGGGCUGGGAAGUAGAGCAGCAGCUGGGUGGUGCACAGGGCAAUCUGGCUCUCUCCUAUGUCCCCACAUCUCUGAUGGUCCCUCUCUCUUCUGCUGCCCUUCUGGUCUCUCUUCUGCUCCCCUCCUGGAGCAUCCAGAACCCAUAAUGCCUGACACAUAGGGGUACCUCAUAGUAGCUUUGAGGACCCUGCAAUGAUAAUAACCCUCUAGGCACCCCAAAGUAGGGUCUCCCCUGAGUCUUGCACAUUCACAAAUGAGCUGGGAUUCUUUGUCCACAUUCCAUUUUACUUAAGCCUCUUUCAUCUCCUCCUACCCCGGCACCCCGUGGAGUUUCAGUUUGCUCUGACAUUCUAGGAUUUCAGUCCAAAAGGGAUGUCUGUCUUUAGGGUUCCUUCAGCCCUCGUUUCCCAAUCGCAGCCCCUUCUCCUGAACCUGAGUCUGUGAGAGUCUCAAAGAUGCAAUAGAAGGGCUCAUUGGACAGGACCAGGCAUGUCUGUCUCCUGAUGUUUGUCACUUGCCGGGAGUAGGAGUGGUCCCAGCUACUCCUACCAUUGAGUACAAGAAGAUGGUCCUAGCGACAGCAGGUGACUGUGGGGUGCUGUGAUAAUGUUGUUCGUUUGUUUGGUUUAUGUUUUGUUUUUUGAGGCAGGAUUUCCCUGUGUGGCCCUGGCUGCCCUGGACUCUCUUUGUAGACCAGGCUGGCCUCAAACUCACAGAGAUCCGCCUGCCUCUGCCUCCCGGAGUGCUGGGAUCAGAGGCAUGCACCACCCACCCCACCACAUCCUGCUGCGUAGUUAUUUUAUUCCACCGCUCUGUGCAACUAUGGCCUCUGUGCCCGGCAGUGGCCAGUUUGGGACAGUGGGGUGGGGUAGGAACCAUGAAUGCACACCGGAAGUGAGAAACAGAAAGCCUUGGGAACCCCAUGCCCAAAACAAGGUCUGUCCAAUCAGAAGCAGUCAUGCAAAUGACCCUGAGUCGGCUAGAGAAGGGCGUGGCUUGGAGGGACCUGCUUCAGGGUUUUCCCUCACUGCUUGUGGUCCAAAGAAACAUCCAAGUGACAGGAAACUACAGACAGAUCAUUCCCCCACCCCCCACCCCCGGCAGGCUGGCCAGCCCCAUCGUGACACAGCCUUACAGUGCAAACCAAGCUGAAAACUGAUACGUCAUUACACGUCAACAGGAAUGAUCUUCGAGGGGGAAGGGCAUGCAGAAUUGUGUAUACUUCAAGACCUUAUCUCACAAAACCAAGGGCUGGAAAUGUGACUUGGUGAUCGACAGAGCCCCUGAGGCCCAGCUCAGCGAUGGGAUGCUUGCCCAUCAUGCACGAGGUCUCGGGUUCAAUUGUCAGCACUGUUAUCAAUGAAGGAAAGGUGCUGGAGACAUGGCUCAGAAGUUAAGUGUGCGCACUGCUCUCAUAGGGGACCCGAGUUCGAUUCCCAGCAUCCUUAUUAGGCGCUCACAGCUAUCUAUAGCUCUAGCUCCGGGAGAUCCAAUGCCUUCUUCAUGACCACCUACACUCAUGCACAUACCCCCACACAGAGUUUCAGGACAGCCUGGACUACAGUACAGAGAGACCCUACCUAAAAAAACAAAACAAAAAACUUCCUCUUUCCCGCCCCUCCCCCCAAAAAAAAGAGAAUUCUUUAAAGACAAAAUAAAAACUAAAAAUGAGGAGGGUA